GAAGUGAUAAACUUUACCACAGUCUCCUUGUUCGCUGCAGAGGCUAGUGUUUGACUGCUCCCAUUUUUCUCCCAUAAAGCACAAACCAAGGUCUCCAAGAUGGUAGUCCUGUCCAAAGAGUAUGGCUUUGUGGUGUUAACUGGAGUGGCCAGUAUGGUCAUGUUGGGACACCUGACUAAAAAUGUGGUCCAAGCUCGCAAGAAGUACAAUGUGCCAUACCCCAAUAUGUACAGUGAUGAUUCAGAAAAUGGCAACAAAUUUAAUUGUAUCCAGCGUGCUCACCAAAACACUCUGGAAAUGUACCCCACUUUUCUUUUCUGCUUGGCUGUUGGAGGUUUGCAUUGCCCUCGUCUGACCAGUGGACUUGGUGUUGUGUGGAUAAUUGGGAGAGAGGUUUAUGCACAUGGUUACUCUUCUGGAGAUCCUUCCAAAAGAAUGAGAGGAUUCUUUGGUAACAUUGCCUUAUUCGGAAUGAUGCUGACCACUGUCAACUUUGGGCGCCACCUACUGGGCUGGACAGGCCCAAGAAUUGGACCAUUCCGUAAGGACUGUCACUGAAGAGGUUUACGCCUUACCACUACGAUUGGACCCAAAAGCACUUAAUAUAAUCAUGUAUGUUAACAUUUGACUUGGCACUUCAAUUCACUGCUCUUGUAUAACAUUUUAUAUUUCCAUAAAAGUGUCACUUAUUAUACCUUUUUUUUUUGACACAUUUGUUUUGUUUUUUAUCCAUGGAGAAGGGGUGUGGGACAGUAUUAAGAACAGACAAAUUGCAAGUAGGGUGUGGCUUCAAGCUGUAAUUAACCCUUCAUGGAUCGACAGAUGAAUCACAUCAAAUUCAUAAAAUUCUCUGGAAAUGUUUAAGAAUUUAAAACUGAUCAGAUCAUUUUUGAGAUUCAAAACAGUAACACUUGCAAAUUCUUUUAACAUAAUUUUAUUAUCAAAAAAGCCUGUCACUUUAAAUCACAAAUAUAUUUGCUUUAUAUCACACUUAACCUACAUCACAUUUAAGGCAAUACUAUAACCCAUAAGGCAACACUGGGUAAAUAAUAAAACCAAAGAUUCUGCUCAAAGCUUCUGGUUAGAGCCAUUCAGGAAACAAUCUAUUAGACAACUCAAAGCUCAUUACUGACAAAAUAACAUAACCCUUAUGAACACCUAUUACAAAUAUUAUAUUUGUUGAAAAAACAGGACAAUAUUCCAGUAGUACUUUAUCAACAGAUCAGCCUAUAAAUAUGUAAUUUAUUGAGGAAACUACCCUUGUUUGUCAGGUUAUAAAUUCACUUUUGAUACUGAUAUUAAAGACUGCAGAACGACCGGG